AUGAAGAUCUUAAACAGAGAAGAGAGAGAAGCUCAUGCUACUCAUAUUGCUUCUGAGGGCUUGAAGGGCCUUUUUGUUGGUGGUUUGCUUUCUUUGGGUGCGUUUGGGUACCUUAAGUUGAAACAUCCAGUUAGAUUUAAACAGUUCAACACCUCCAUUAAAGCUUGUAUCUUGAUUAUGCCUACGGUCAGUUGCUGUGCUUUUUAUGCUGACCAGGGAUCGGUUCAGUUUGAUAAACUCAUGCGUUCAAGCCCUAAGAACGAACAGAUUCUCAUGAAUCGCUUCAGGGAUUGGAAAAGCAAGUCCACACCUGAAAAGAUCGUCAGUUCAGCUAGAGGAAACAAGAUUAAAGUCACCGUGGGUGCUUGGCUAGCAUCUGUGGGUGGCUACUACGCUUACCUUAAACAAGAUAAUAGAUUGGCGGAAGCACAGAGAAUGGCUAAGUUGAAGACGUUCACUCUGGCGGUUUCUGUUGUGCUACUAACGACAGCUUUGGCUGCUUUGUAUGUGGAUAAUGCCAAUAGAGUUAGUGCCAAAGAACCUGUGAAACAGAAGAACUAG